UUUUAAAAAUGGAUUAUGGGGACGACUCUGAACAUUUCGAAGAAAGGUCAUUAAAUAUUGCAGUUCCUGAUCAGCAUUUAGCUGAAGCAUUAGACGCUCCAAUAGUUGGACAAAUGUUUGGUACUUGGGAAGAAUUGGCGAGAUCACAGAAUUUUGUCAGUGUUAUUUGUGGCUCAGAGUAUGAUGAUG